CAAAGCGACAUCUCAGCCCUUCGAAGGCCCGAAUUUCAUUGCCUUGCGAGCUGCGCCCCUAGAGGGCCAGUCCAGUCUAUUGCGAGUAUCCUUAUCCAUCAUUCAUGUGCACAUACUAGCCGGACGCAGAUCCCCGUGCACAAUGCAUAAUAUGCUGUCAUAGGAGACCGAAGAUAGCUGCGGAUACGAUAUUCAUCGGUCCUCCCAGGACAUCGUCCGGCGAGACCCGUCCUUCGAGGGCAUCAUGUAAGCGUAAGUAUCUAUGAGCCCGCUCUAUCCCGAAAUCACAUCCGACACCGUCAUGCGACAUGGACGCCGCCCUUGGAGCGCAGCAUCCUGUCCCGCUUUGCGUCGGACCGAGGUAUAGUAGCGUAUGUGCCUAGCCAGCCCGACGGUGAGCUCGAGAGAAUUUCGCCAUCGAGCAACCUAAAAUGCUUCUUCUGCGCUCACUGCUCGCUCCAAGAGCCCAGGUGCCCUUCACCUCUUCAAAACCGCGCUGAAGAGACCUCAGCGUUCUCUCAGCUGGCGUCUUCCUCCCCGGGUCUCUGCCGUAUUCAUUGCUUAAGCGAGAUCCUUCUUUCGUCACCGCUCAACGCAGCCACCAUCACAUCUUCUCUCCCAGGGUCACCUAUCAGACAUUGACAACUGUACAGCUGCCUGUUGAAUUUCUCCACGCGGGAUCCUUCAGUGCCUGACUUAGCCUGUUCCGUGCACCGGCUCGGACCUAUAUAACCACCAUAGCUUCUCAGCCGCCACCGGUCUCUUCAUUGUCCACCCUCGUAACCUCCCGUACGACGAAGAUGACUUCGCUCUACCAGAAAGCGAAGCGAUGGGGCAAGAAUGUCAUAGGCUAUGACGACGACUCUGUUCCAGUCGUCUCGGUCUCUCACUGGAUUCGCAAGUAUUCUCGCAAUCCUAAAGACGGCGCGAUCCAAUAUGUUACGUCGCUGUUCCCCAUCACUGGCUGGAUUACGCGGUACAAUUUCGGAUGGUUAUAUGGCGACGUCGUUGCAGGUCUUACAGUCGGUAUUGUCCUUGUGCCCCAGUCUAUGUCCUACGCACAGAUUGCCACGCUUCCUCCCCAAUACGGCCUGUAUUCUGCGUUCAUCGGUGUCCUCAUCUACUGUCUCUUCGCCACCUCGAAAGAUGUCUCUAUUGGUCCAGUCGCUGUUAUGUCCCUCACCGUGUCGCAGAUCAUCGAACACGUGAAUAAGUCGCACCCCGACGUUUGGAGCGGGCCUCAGAUUGCCACCACUGUCGCCUUCGUUUGUGGAUUUAUUGUUCUUGGCAUCGGUCUCCUUCGACUCGGAUGGAUUGUCGAGUUCAUUCCCGCGCCCGCCGUCAGUGGAUUUAUGACAGGCUCUGCUAUCAACAUUGUCGCAGGUCAGGUACCUGGACUCCUAGGCGAGAGCGGCUUCAACACUCGCGCAGCAACAUAUCAGGUCAUCAUCAACUCCUUUAAGUUCCUGCCCCAGUCCACGCUCGAUGCUGCAUUUGGAGUUACCGGUUUGGUUUCGCUAUACGCCAUUCGCAUGGGCUGCGACUGGUUGGUGAAGAGAUAUCCGAGGCGACAGCGGCUUUGGUUCUUUAUCUCCACUUUCCGCAACGCUUUUGUCAUCAUCGUUCUCACCAUUGCGUCUUGGCUUUACUGCCGACAUCGCCUGAGCCACGGCAAGUAUCCCAUCAAGAUUCUGCAGACCGUACCGCGUGGUUUUCAGCACGUUGGUGCGCCGAUAAUUGACGGCAAAUUGGUCUCCGCGCUCGCCCCUGAACUGCCUGUCGCAACUAUCAUCUUGUUGCUUGAGCAUAUUGCCAUUUCAAAGUCCUUCGGCCGUAUCAAUGGGUACAAAAUCAACCCGAACCAGGAACUGAUUGCCAUUGGUGUCACCAACACCGUGGGUACAGUCUUUGGCGCGUACCCGGCAACUGGCUCCUUCUCGCGAUCGGCGUUGAAGUCUAAGUCCGGUGUGCGCACGCCUGCAGCUGGUAUCUUGACCGCCAUCGUGGUCAUUGUCGCGCUGUACGGUCUCACAUCUGCCUUCUUCUGGAUUCCCAGCGCCGGUCUAUCAGCGAUCAUCAUUCACGCCGUUGCAGAUCUCGUCACCAAGCCACGUCAGGUGUACUCCUUCUGGCGUGUCUCCCCACUCGAGUUCGCCAUAUGGGCUGCUGACGUUCUGGUCACUGUUUUCUCGACCAUCGAGGACGGCAUCUACACCUCCAUAUGCUUGUCUGCCGCUCUUCUGCUCGUGCGCAUCGCACGUCCACGCGGUUACUUCCUUGGUAAACUCACGCUGCGCACCAGCGAACACGACAAUGCCGAGUCGCGUGAUGUUUAUGUGCCGUUGAACCCGAAGCCAAGCCUGCUGGACGCAUCUGUGAAGCCAGUACCCCCGCCUCCUGGCAUCAUUGUGUAUCGCCUCGAGGAGAGUCUCAUUUACCCGAACGCGCACCUCGUCAACUCGACCAUCGUCGACUACGUCAAAGAGAACAUGCGCCGCGGCAUAGACAUGAGCAAAGUCAAGAUGAGCGACCGCCCGUGGAAUGACCCGGGUCCCAAGCCGGGCCAGGAUCUCGAAACGGAGAAUAGUAGGAAGCCUGAGCUGAGGGCGAUUGUGCUGGACUUGUCCGCAAUUUCACAAAUGGACACCACUGCUGUGCAAGCACUCAUCGAUACCCGGAACGAGGUAGAACGCUGGGUGAACUACCCGGUCGAGUUCCACUUUGCAACUGUGCUCUCUCCAUGGAUCCGCCGUGCCCUUAUCGCCGGCGGUUUCGGUACGGGCGAGUCGUCAUCCCGCAUACCCGCCGAAAUUGCACAGAUCGUGUCCCUCGGCGACGUCCGCGAACCAUCGCUGCCCGAGAAGAGCGACCUGGAGAGCCCCGUUAUCUCCGAAGAGGCCCGCCGGCGUGGCUCCAGCUCAACGCACAAAACGACAGACCGCCUUGGCGGGCCGAUCGUUCCUCAGGACACGCCCUUCUUCCACUUCGACGUCGUCUCUGCUGUGCGCGCAGCCGAGUCGGGCAGGGACCUCUCGCGGACGCCUAGCGUCACGUCUGUUGGAACGGGGAAGCGCGUCGACAACGGCAGUCCGCUUCUGUGAUGUUUGCUUAUGGUCAGUUGAGAAUUUUCCGUGCGACACCCAGUUUCAUCUUGCUUUGGAUCAUUACAAUUGCCCGUUCACUUAUACAGGAAAAAGGAGAGAAAAACAGUACGACUGAUGUAAUGUGUACAUGUAGAGAUUCUGAGUCGUCUGUGUUGUACUGUAUAGGUCGUAUAGUUCUGCAAGCACGCAUUGCGAAGUUUC